AUGUCCUCCGCUCUCCAGCAAGUGAACCAGUUGUGGUCCAUCCUGGACGAUCUUUCUCAAAAUGACCCCGCAGCCUACCGCCAGUUCAUCGACAAGCAGAUGAAGGAAGGAGCUGAAUUCCGUGCACCGCCUGAGCUCGACUCCUGCCUGUGCACUGAAAUACUGGAGCCCAAGAAAGGGUCACUGUACAUCAACAUAUGCAGCUGGAAACGUGUGCCUGCACCUCAAGAUCCCAGCAUGCCUUUACCAAUGUGUUCAGGAAAACUGGAAACGGACACAAAUGAAGGUCACGGUUGGUACUCUGUGUUGGAUGUGGCAAUAAACCCUGCAGUGCUACAGGGCAGUAAGAAAGACAAAACAGAGGAAUAUCUGCUGGCCUUGAGCUUUGCCCAGCAGCAGCAUGGGAUGCGUUUAUCUCAGCAGUACACUGUCGUCAGCUGUUGCCCAAAAAGCAGCCUGGAUGACGUGCACCGCCGGCUUGGGUUUCGGCAGUGGCCCGACACCUCCAGACAACCCGACACAGUUAGUCAGAACCCUGCUGCACUCCUUCAACAAUUCUCCUCUCUGCGGUCUGAGAAACAACACGAGGACCCGGCAGCCCAAAUCAUCUCCAGACCUGCAGAGCACAAAAAUAACGAUUUGAUCCAGGUCAUCUCGACUACAUUUGUGCAGCCUCAGAAGCCAGAGUACCAACUUGAGGUGAAGACCGAUACCACAGGAGUUGCUCACAGCAUGGAGCUGACUGUGGAUCUGCCAAAGGUUUGCUCCAUGUCAGAGUGCCAGCUGAGAAUCUCAGAGGACGACAUCUUACUGGAAGUGGAGGAUGUCUACUAUUUGUUUUUGGAAUUGCCCCAAACUGUGAUUGAAGACUCUGCGUACGCCAUUUUUAACAAGAAAUCACGAAGGCUGACUUUGAGAGUGGAUAUUUUCUAA